CCUUAACACAGGAAAAAGGCACUGAAGAUGCAAGCAAGAUACUCAGCAACGAUCCUGCAUGCCCAAUUUGUGAUCAAGUGCUCUCCAAAAGCCAUAUGAGACCAAUUGAUAUAAAUCCUGGUGAUGACUGGAUAAAUAUGGCAAUGGCUGGAGUGGCCCCGCAAAUUCUCAUGAAGAGUGCAUAUCGAGGCAUGAUGUUUUGCAUUGAACAAAAGGAAUUAGAGAUGCAACACAAAUUGAACAAGAUCGUUGGGCAAUGCCGACAGAAAUGUGAGGCCAUGCAAGAAAAAUUUAUGGAAAAAUUGGAGCAUGUGCAUGCUGCAUACCAGAAAAUGGCCAAGAGGUGCCACAUGAUGGAACAAGAGAUUGAAAACUUAUCAAAAGAUAAGCAAGAACUACAAGAAAAGUAUGCUGAGAAAUCCAGGCAGAAGAGAAAGCUAGAUGAGAUGUAUGAUCAGUUGAGGAGUGAGUAUGAGUCUGUAAAGCGUUCAGCAAUCCAACCUGCAGGCAACUUCUUUUCAAGAACUGAACCAGAAUUGUUCUCAGGCUUGGGUAACAUGGUGAAUAGCAAGGACCGCCUCAGACAAGAUCCUUCGGUUCUUACUCCUGAAACUCCAGGGCAGAGAGAGGAGAUAUGGCCUUCAGCCAGACAGAAGAGUUCCAACUCGGGUGCCUAUGAUCUUUCUGGGGGCUUACCAGCAAAGACUGCACCAGUUCCUGUAGAUGCUGGAACCAGGAGACAGGCACACUCUUUAUUUGGACCUGGUGCAAGCAAUCCUGCUGCUAUUUUGCGUAAUCUCAUAAUCUCACCCAUGAAGCAGGCCCAGCUAUCACGUAGCCGCCCAUACAUGUUCACGUAAGGUUGAUUCUCUGCUAGUUUUUUAUGAGCUGUUGGGAUACUGUUCCAGCAUGCACACGCAUAUCAAGCGGGUGAUACCUCCUCAGAGGUUGAAACUGUCCCAUUAGGGAUGUGGUCUGCUGGUUGAUAUCUCAAUGCAAAUGAGCAAUAUAUCAACAUGUUCCCCUUCAAUGUUGCUAGGAAUUUUUGUCUGACUGAUCAAGCUGAUGUUUCAGGUUGUAAAAUAGGAGGGAGCUCAGAAUGUUUCUGUGCAGUCAUUGCCACGUGCAGUCUAAAGUAACUAUCUUUGAGAUGCAAUGACAUCAGAGUACGAGUCUACCUGACAUCAACAAUAAUUUUGAGAAGAGAGAUCAUUUGGUUUCAGGAAGUGUCUUGAUACGAGAAUACUUGUAGUGUUUCUUUUUUAUUGCUUUGCAUUUUAAUUGAUGUAGGGACAGAAUUCUCCCAGUGGUACAUAAGAUGAAGCUUUUAAAAAUGAUGUCCGUGCGGGCAACACGAACACAAGUUGCAUAAAAAUUACAGAUUGGGAUAUGGGGACGGGGCAUCAGAUUAUAGACAUGAAAGGAGUUCUAGUGCACCAAUGAAGCUUGGUACUUUCAUGGAGCUUCAAGCAAUUGUUUAUAUAUUUGUCCUGAACCUAACAUGCAUUUUGAAGAAUAAAUCCGGAACAUGAGUUCAUCCUGGACUGUCCCAUUAUUCUAACAUUCCUACUUAUUUCUGCUGGUAAGCCGAAGACUCUUUUCUGCUGUUUGAUGUUGAUGUGUGGUGCAUUGCGUAACUUAUUAUUGGAGACCCUACCAUGUGGCCGAAGUUCUUGAGAGCUAUGGUUUGAAACUUUCAAGCCGGAAACAUCAUCUCUAUUUUCCCCAAACAUUGCUAGGAGUUUUACAACAUUUAUUUUCCUUCACAAGUUUUCUUGCAUCGUUGGUGCUGUUUAAGAUUUUUAGUUGCCCUGCGUUCUUUGGAGGAGUUUCUGAGUGUAACUGGCGAGGUUUUUGGCAAGAGUUGACAUUACAAUAUUUGUUCUUUCCUGAAAUUUUUUUGUUAUGACUCUCUCCGGUAAUCCGAGACUUGGUUGAUAAUCUUGAUAUUUACAUAGGUCAAUGGAGUAGAAAAGCAGAGUUGCGGUAUGAUAAUGUUACCGGGUGCCUUCUGAAUGUAGUUUUUUUAACAACUCACAGGUUACGGCCUAAUUACUUAGAAUGCAUUUUAAUGGAAAAUUCUAAUUAAUUAAUUUUGGUAAUUGCGUGGGCAAAUUCAACAAUUGAAUUUUUGAUGCAGGUGUUGGUUCUGUAAGUGUCAUGGCCGGAAAUUUUUUGAUGAUUUUUGCAGCCUGCAGCUUUUGUUAAUUCAAUAUCGAUAUUUUUAUUAAUUAUCCUUUGUGUUCGAAGUUGAGCAGUCAUUUGUGCAUGCAUGAUUGAAGUAUCUGCUAGGGCAACACUGAUACAGGGGUUCACAUUAAUUCUCCAGAUUUUCAUCAACUUGAUUUGAGUUGCAUCUUGCGCACAUACAGAUUUAAAGCGGCAAUUGCACGAUCCAACGGUGGAUUCGUGCGAACGAAGGCGCAUCCUUGUUCCGCGCAAAAGAUACGGCCCUUGUCUCAUUGUUCCGCGGCGUUAAUUAAGCGAGGAACUUGCUAAUCUUAGGCUCUUCGCCUUGGGCGUUUCCCUUCAAAUUUGUAACCCGUUCCGUUUCGAGAGCUCCGGAUUCCGGAAUCGGGCGCCUUUGCUGUGUGCAUGUACGCGCCAACCCGAUCGCGGUAUGAUCCUGCUCAACCUGCUAACCCGCGCCUCCUCUCUCAUCGGCAUUAGAAUUCCACCGACAUCGCCUGUAACGUUCCAAGAUCCGAUCCCCCCUGCAUUUAGGAUGCGGAGGCACCCCUUUCUUGGUCACCGGUCCCGUUGUCGUCUAAAACGGGUCAACCCCGUCGGCAUUCCACGAGGGAAUCCACGAGCGUCGGGGUUUCAAGCAGACCUCCCUCAUGCUGUGGCCCGGUGGACCACCCCAUCGUGCGGAGUAUUUCCCAACGGAGAUCGAAUCUACGGUCCAUCUCAUGUACCUCGCCAGCAGGGCGAUGAGGAGGGGGGGUGCAUCCGAGAUCUCUUGGACUCAGACGUCGUCGUCAACUUCAUGGGCAUCGACGGGAAGACGGCUCUGCACGUCACCGGGCGCCAGGGCUUCCUCGAUGUCGUCAAUUUGCUGCUUCUCAGCGGCGCCGUGGUGGACCCCAAGGACCGGUGAGGCAGCACGAAGGGAACUUAGAUAUGAGCUUUCAUUGCUUCAGCAAAUACGACAUCCAAAUAUUGUCCAAUUUUUGGGUGCUAUAAACUCGGAGUAAUUGAAUGAUGACAGUUAUGGCAUAUCUGCCAAAGGUUGGUUUGUUGAUUCUAAGCUCCUAAUUUUUUUUUGAGCUUUGUGAAAUCUAUAUUUGUGUAUUUUUGGCAUUUGUUGUUCAUCCCAUCUUACAUUUUCUUUUCCUUUCUCCAAACAUGUUACUAGCCAAUUUAACCAGGUUUAGCCUUGUCAUGGCUUCCUCUGGGUUGUGUCAAUAUCAGCCCAAUAAUGCAAGAAAUAUUGUUUUUCA